GUUAAACCAAAGUCGACUCAAAGUUUAGCUUCAGAUUUGCUCCCCGUGUAAAAACAGCCGUGCUGCCGAGUGGCGCGCCUCUGAGCGGCUUUAGCAGACGUUGAAUUUCACAUGAAGCUGUCAGUUUACUUUUAACCGAGCCGUGCCGAGCCGUGCCGAGCUUGGAGGUUUUCUUUUUUUUGUUUUUUAUACCGACUCCUGAGACUGAAGAAGACCGCUGGGAGCUGCCAGGGGAGCGGACGUUGACGCUCACGGACACUGACAGCCACCAUGUCAGGUUUAGCUCUACAGAGCGGGAACCUGCAGGGGCUGGAUGAGGGGGACAUUCUCGAUCCAGAGUUUCAGCAGCGCCUGGAGGACGCCCGUACUCUCAUCAGGCAGGAAAUCCAGAGGGAGCUGAAGAUCAAGGAGGCGGCAGAGAGGCUGCGUAGAGCCGUCACCAACCGCAAGAGCGCAGCCAACGUGGAGGGUCAGCUGAAGGCCUCAAGCCGCAAGCUGGAGAAGUUACACUGGGAGCUGCAGGAGCUCAAUGCUCGGUCCAUGGCUACAGAGAAGGACAGCACCACAGGUUCAUCAGACGAAGUCGACAAUCAGUCGUCAGAGUCGUGUCAGUGGGAAGAAGUCACGUCACCUCUGGCCCAUCGAGUCCGGACUUUAAAGAAACAGCUGACCAUGGAGACUAAAGUCAAACAGGGAGCAGAGAACAUCAUCCAGACCUACACCAACGGAUCCAUCAAAGACAGAAAAAUGCUGUCCACAGCCCAGCAGAUGCUCCAGGACAGCCGCACAAAGAUCGAGCUGCUGCGAAUGCAGAUCAUCAAAGUCAGUCAGGUCCGAGAAGGAGAGCGGGACAGCUCAAUGGGUCAGCCUGACGACACGGUCAGCUCUCUGGAGCUGCGUGUGGCUGAACUCAUGCAUCACAUGAAGAUUGAAUCGGCCGUCGCUGAAGGAGCCAAAAAUGUGGUGAAGCAGCUGAGCAGCAGGAAGAUCCAGGACCGCAGGAUCCUGGCAGAGGCUCAGGCCCGUAUGGAGGAGUCCUCUCAGAAGGUGGAUUUGCUGCGUCUUUCUCUGGAGAGACGUUUGAAUGAACUUCCUCAGAACCAUCCCAAACACGCCGAGAUUGAAGAGGAGCUCGCUUCAGGAACGCCACCAUUGUUUGGAACACCAAAGAAACAAUCCGGCACUCCAUCUUCGUGCUCUUCUUCAUCGUCCUUCUUCAAACCAGCCAGUAUAACAGGUCGAUUGGAGGUGUGUCUAAAAGGAUGUCAGGACCUGUUAGAGUCCGUUCCAGGCCGCAGUCGUGUGACGAGCGCCUCCUCCUCUCAGAGCGUCUCAGAAAAAUCUCUAAAGGUGAGAUCCGGCCUAUCAGGACGCAGCGUCAAUGGGAAGUCUGCAAAGUCUGACGAGCUCUCCUCCGAGGUGAGCGUGGUGUUGAAGGUUGACAACCGGGUUGUUGGUCGGACACACUGGAGGCCGCUGGGAAACGAAGCCUGGGAUCAGAGCUUCAGCAUCGAACUGGAACGGUCCAGGGAGCUGGAGAUCGCCGCCUACUGGAGGGACUGGCGAGCACUGGGUGGAGUGAAGUUUCUGCGUCUGGAGGAUUUCCUGGAUAAUCGUCGGCACGGGAUGUGUCUGCAGCUGGAGCCUCAGGGCGUCCUCUUCAUUGAGGUGACGUUCAUCAAUCCUGUCAUUGAGCGUCCCUCUAAACUCCAGAGACAGAGGAGAAUCUUCCCCAAAGAGAAAGGGAAGGACUUCCUGCGCGCCGCUCAGAUGAACAUGAAUUUUGCGACUUGGGGCCGUCUGAUGAUGAGCAUCCUUCCUCCUCCCUGCAGCUCUCUGGAGCCCAUGAGCCCUCCGUUAGCCGUGACCAACUCUGGCUCCGCGUCCUCCAUCACAUCUCCUCCGAGGGAGCCUGCUGUAGUGAAUCUAAACUUCACUGAGGAACAGCCCAGCAGAUCUCCUCAGAGAUCGAGGAAGAACAAAGACUCUCCAUCUCCUCCUGAGAACAAGAGCCCAAAGAGACAACCUUCAAUUCAGUCGACGCCACGAAAAGACGGAGGACUACAGAUGGAUGACUUUAACUGUAUCUCAGUGCUGGGACGGGGUCACUUUGGAAAGGUGCUGCUAGCAGAGUAUAAAAAGUCUGGAAAACUUUAUGCCAUCAAAGCUCUGAAGAAGGGAGACAUUGUGACACGAGACGAAGUCGACAGCCUGGUGUGUGAGAAGCGGAUCUUCGAGGUCAUCAACACCUCCCGCCACCCGUUCCUGGUCAAUCUGUACGGCUGCUUCCAGACCGCCGACCACGUCUGCUUCGUGAUGGCGUACUCACCUGGAGGAGACCUGAUGACGCACAUCCACACGAGCAUCUUCACUGAGAAGCAGACGCUGUUUUAUUCUUCCUGCGUGCUGCUCGGCCUCGAGUUCCUCCACCAGAACAAAAUCGUCUACAGGGAUCUGAAGCUCGAUAAUCUGCUGAUGGAUGCUGACGGAUACGUUCGGAUCGCCGACUUUGGUCUCUGCAAAGAAGGUAUGGGUCAUGGAGACCGAACCUCCACAUUCUGUGGUACUCCUGAGUUUUUGGCCCCAGAGGUUCUAACAGACAACAACUACACCCGCUGUGUGGACUGGUGGGGUCUGGGAGUGCUCAUCUAUGAGAUGCUGGUGGGAGAGUCUCCCUUUCCUGGUGAUGAUGAGGAGGAAGUGUUCGACAGCAUCGUCAACGAUGACGUCCGAUACCCUCGCUUCCUCUCUCCUCAGUCGGUGUCUCUCAUCCAGAAGCUGCUGCAGAAGAAUCCGGAGAUGAGACUCGGAGCGGGAGAAGAGGACGCCGCUGAGAUCAAAAGGCACAAAUUCUUCCAGGCCAUGGACUGGAACGCCCUGCUGGCUAAAAAGGUGAAGCCUCCGUUCCUGCCCGUCAUAAGAGCGCCUAAAGACGUGAGCAACUUCGACGAGGAGUUUACCCGCCUCAAACCCGUCCUGACCCUCCCCCGCACCGCCUGCGUCCUCACGGCGGAGCAACAGGAGAUCUUUGCUGACUUUGACUUCUCUUACAUGAGAUGACCGGAGGAUUCAGCCUCACCGCUGCCGCCAAAUCACCGCUGUCUACAUUUUUAUCACCUAUUAAGUGCCUAUGAAACACCAGUCCUGCCUUUUUCAUGUGUGCAGCUCGUUUACUGGAAACACUGCCGAGUCCGUCAGACACUCUACCUGCACUUUCAACACAAACCUCGUCUGAUUGAAUCGUUUUAUAUUUUUGUCUGCCAAAGUUCUGAAAACAAGUGCAUUCAAAAACCUGUAUUCCUCCUCAGAUCAGACAGCUCUAAAUGUACUGUUAAUACUUGUGCAAUAAUGCAUUUUUGCUUCCUUGUUUUUUAGGAGAUGUACAUUUUUCUAGUGAGACAUCAGCACUGCCCUCCUGAUCCAAAGUGUAAAUAUUUCUGAUCUAGAAAAAGAAUUGAUCUGUUUACUAAAAGCUUCGUAUGUCCGUCUGUUGAUGAUCUUUUGUAUGUUUUCUAAUAUAAUUCAUAAAAACACUACCAUGAAGAUUAUGCUUGUAUGGGACCAACCAGUCUGGAUGGAAAGUGUAAACUACAUGAAGGAAAAAUGAAUAAAUUUAUGAAUCUGCUGGA